UUCUGUUCUUCAUUUUGGCCACCAUUUCUCCACCAGCAUCCGUUCAUUUCCGUCGCCGUUGAACGGUGGAGACCGGUCACCUGAGGAGAAUUGUAGAUGAGCUGCUAAUUUACUCAAUGCCUCUGUGCUGAUAAAUUUCUCUUCUCUCGUUUGCUUCAGUGAAAAUGUCCUCCUGUGCUUUGCAAUUCUCUUCUUUCCCUAAUUUCAGCAGCUUUGAAUCUCCCCGGCGGUCAGAUUCAACCUCGGAAAGACUUGGCAGCUUCAAAUUAUUCUGCAUUUCUUCGCGCUCUGGUUCUGAUUUGCACUCGGGAGAAGCUAAGCAAGAUUCCAUUCACCACCAAAGGGAGAAAGAUGAAGCCAGGGUGAUUUUAGUGGAAAAGUAUGGGAAUGGAACCUUAAAGAGGUAUGUAUUAGAUAAUGACUCACAGAUAAAAUCCUUUCUUGAGGAACAUGCUCCAGAAGUUCCGGGAUCCCAAGAUUUGAAUGUCUCUGAGUUGGAGUUACCUUGGCUUCCAAAGGUCAUCAAAGAUUUUGUUUUACCAGCAGGCUAUCCAGAUACAGUUUCAGACGAUUACUUGGAAUACAUGUUGCUACAGUUCCCCACAAAUGUAACUGGAUGGAUCUGUCAUACAUUGGUCACUUCAAGUCUCUUAAAGGCUGUUGGAGUGGGAUCAUUCUCAGGAACCACUGCUGCUGCUUCUGCUGCAGCCAUCAGAUGGGUGUCAAAGGAUGGCAUUGGUGCCCUUGGACGCUUAUUCAUUGGUGGGAAGUUUGGAAAUCUUUUUGAUGAUGAUCCUAAGCAGUGGCGCAUGUAUGCAGACUUUAUAGGCAGUGCAGGAAGCAUCUUUGAUCUCAGUACUCCAUUAUAUCCUGCGUAUUUCCUGCCAUUGGCAUCAUUAGGGAAUCUUGCUAAGGCUGUUGCAAGAGGGCUGAAAGACCCUUCCUUUCGAGUGAUACAAAAUCAUUUUGCUCUCUCUGAUAACCUGGGAGAUGUAGCAGCAAAGGAGGAAGUUUGGGAAGUAGCUGCUGAGCUUCUUGGUCUUGCCAUUGGUAUAUUUGCCCUGGAUACACCUGGCCUCUCAAAAUCAUAUCUCAUGUUGGCAUUAACAUGGUUGAGCAUGCGGGUUUUGCACCUUUGGUUUCGCUACUUGUCCCUUUCGGUUCUGCAAUUUAACACAAUAAAUAUCAAACGUGCUCGUAUACUAGUUAACUCCCAUCUUUUGCAUCGUACAGUUCCAGGAAAGAGAACAUUUUGUUGUGGGAAAGGUUCUCAACUCCUCGUAUUGUUUUUGGCGUCUCUAUGGAGGAGAUGGUUGGUGGAGAGAAAAAUUGCUCAAUGGUACAGCCUAUUUUUGUUGAAGAUAAAGGGACUGCUUAAUCUGUACCGCAAGGAAAGGUAUUUUCUGGUAGUGAACAAACAUCAACCGGAAGACUUUGAGGUCUUUAUCUCUUUCAAGGAAGGUGCUAGAAGUUUAUCUGUAUUACGAAGUGUAUGGCAAACUUACUGGCUCUAUCAGAACUGGGGCUGGUCAGAUGAUGCCUUCGAUCAACUUGAGAAGAGCUUAACUGAACUAGAUAAUAGAUUUCCAGAUUUCUUGCGAAAAUUAGAAGAUGUUGGAUGGGAUUUGAAUAAUUUGAGUCUAAAGAUCCCCAAGGAAAUAUCAGUCCAGGAAGUUGAAGCAAUGUGACAUUAUAAUUGCAGCCAUAUUAUCCUAUACCACGGUCAGGUCAGGUCCCUCGGUCCUCAUAGUCAUUGCUUUGGACCUAACCGUUCUCUUUAAUUUGCAAGGCUCAUCAUAAACUCGACGCAUUUGACUUUGUUGCUGAGUUUAAGUUCAAUUUGUGCUUGUAGAAGUUUCUACCAUACCCCCUCCCCCUAACAAUCUCCUAUUGAUCAGUUGCUUUCUGGGGAAUUUGAAGAAUAGGAAGUUAGAAAUAGCCAUUUAUUUAUGUUAUUUUCUUGGGAUGUUUGAUCAGUUGCUUUCCUUACCUAACAAGUGGACUUUGUUAUAUUGGCAUUGAACAUAGUGGAAAGCAGAUUUUGUGUAAUUGGAGGCUGUGAUCUUCCAAUGCCCUUAAACAAUGACUACUUAACAUCAUAGUUGUAUAUAUUUAUGAUUUGAUGAAUAUGAUAAUGAUUGUUAUGACAUA